GUCACGUGACGAAGGGAGUCGCUUCACGGUUAGCUCGCCCGGCUAGCAGCUAGCUAGCAGUUAGCAUCUCAUUCGGACGGACGGAAACAAACAGCGGGACGUUUUCACCGGAACCCACUAGUCCUCCCGGUCCCGGUCCCGGUCCCGGUCCCCGUCCUCCUGGUUCCAGACCCUGAGCCCUGAAACAUGUCGGCGGUGCAGCGGAUGAAAGUAGCGAACGAGCGGCACAGCAAGAGCAUCACCCAGCGGGGCCACGUCCACAAGACCUCGCGACCUGUAAACGAGGAGAAGUCUCCAGUGGGUCCGUGGCUGCUCGCUCUGUUCGUCUUCGUGGUUUGUGGAUCAGCCAUCUUCCAGAUCAUCCAGGGCAUCAGACAGGGCAUGUGAUGACCUUUGACCCCAGAGGAACAGUCACAUGUGGGGCCACACAUCACCUGCUGCACUGUUAGACCAAAUAAAACACUCUUCUUUCUC